UCUGAUAGAAAUUCGACAUAGCAAUAUUGUGAAAUUUGGAGGCUUUUGCUCCCAUCCAUGACACUCUUUCUUAGUGUAUGAGUACUUGGACAGAGGAAGCUUGUCUACAAUCUUGAGCAAUGAAGAAGAAGCUAAAGAGUUGGAUUGGAACAAGAGGGUGAAUAUCAUAAAAGGCAUGGCUUAUGCUCUUUCUUAUAUGCACCAUGAUUGUAACCCUCCAAUUGUUCAUCGAGAUAUUUCCAGUAAUAACAUUCUGCUUGAUUCCGAGUAUGAGGCGCAUGUUUCUGACUUCGGCACAGCUAAGCUUCUUAAGCUGGAUACAUCAAACUGGAAUGCAGUCGUCGGCACAUAUGGUUACGUAGCUCCAGAGCUUGCUUACACAAUGAAGGUGACAGAGAAAUGCGAUGUGUAUAGCUUUGGAAUAGUGGCAAUCGAGGUGAUCGAAGGAAGACAUCCGGGUGAUAGCAUUUCAUCUCUAUUAGCUCUAGCCGACAUGGAGAUCUCAGUUGUUUUGAGGAAUAUACUGGAUUCACGCCUGCCUACACCCACGCCAGGCAUCGAGGCUGAACUUCUGACCAUCUUCAAGCUUGCAAUGGCUUGCGUAUCUGCUAAUUUCCAACUCAGGCCGUCAAUGGAAACAAUUUCUCAGGUGCUAUCAGCUCGUUCAACCAUUUUCCAUGGUGUUCAAAAUUCACAGACAACCAUUGAUGCCGUGAGACAUGUGACAGAUUCAAGCCGUUUAAUGGAUCAAUUUGUAGAAGAUAACAUCUGAUAAAUGAUGCUACUUUGUCAACCACACGCAAGGCGGUCUAAGAUCUUAAAGGAAAAUCAGAGUCGUCUAAACUAAUUGAUUUAGUCUCAACUUUUUUUAGUCUAUUGUUUCUCUCACUGAUGUGCUAACUUUAUUUGCAUUUAGGAUAAAUAUUUUGACUGGCAACAAGAACUUGGUGUUUAAUCCAUAUCAGCAUGAUGAUGAGGACUAUAUUUCGGUCAUGCUCAAGUAAAUAUAGAACUGCCUUUUUUUUUUUUUUUUUUUUUUUUUUGGAAAAGGUAAAGCCAGAACUUACUGGCAUCUAGUUUCAUUUGUAGAGAGAAGACAGCUGAACUCAACUGAUAUUUCAAACUGUUUUUGUAUCUGGUCUUAAUCAGACCAGUGUCAUGGUAGUGAAAGGUAAGUAACCAUGUCAAGUUAAAUAUUAGAAAAUGCAACUUUUAUAUCAAUGUAAAGUUGAUGAUGUAUCUAGUGUUAUCAUCUUGAAAGCAAAGUGUCCUUGUAAAAUCGGAAUGGAAUUUUUAUAUGAAGUCUCUUAACUCUUGUCCA